AUGACGGUAGAACAAGAGGAAAGUUCGUAUGAUUAUGUCUUCAAAUUAGUCGUGGUGGGUGAUUCCGGUGUUGGUAAGACCAACUUGCUUGGUAGAUCUGUUCACGAUACUUUUGAUUUCGCCUCGAAAAGCACAAUUGGUUUGGAUUUGACCAUCAAAAAUAUGGAAAUCAAAGGAAAGCGAGUACGUGCUCAGAUCUGGGACACAGCGGGUCAAGAGCGAUAUCGAUCUAUUACCAAGAGAUAUUAUCGAGGUUCAGUAGGUGCCCUCCUUGUUUACGAUAUUACAAAACGGGAAUCCUUUGAUAAUUUGGGUCGGUGGUUGAACGAAUUGAGGAUCAAUGAAGCACAUCCAGACAGUUUGGUGAUGCUUGUGGGCAAUAAAUCAGAUUUGGAUUCACAGAGAGCCGUAACUCAAGAAGAGGCAAUGACCUAUGCUGAGAAAAAUGAACUCAUGUUUAUGGAAACCAGUGCUUUAGAGAGCAUCAAUGUGGGAAAGGCCUUUGAAUCAUUGAUCCACAACAUUUUUGACAAAUUAUCAGGGAAAUUAGCGACUAUGGAUGACAAGAAAGCAGAGAUCAUGAAAGGACAAGCGAUUCAAAUCAGCGCACCACUUGACAGUAGUAGCAAAAAUAACCAUAGCAAUACGUGUGCAUGUUAA